AUGUCUGAUACUCAUCUAAAGACCUGCAGCGCCGUCAUCAUUGAGCGCUCACCAGCUCUGCAGCAGCCUCUCAUACAAGCGUCUACCUGGCCUCGCGCCUCUGAAACCUCACCUGCAGAAACCUUCCUCACUUGCGCCAAAGCUGUCGCUCCAAUGCCUUCGAGGCGCGUUGAAUUGCAUUCAACAUCACCCCAAAACUCCUUCCUGUGUCAAGAUGCACGCUACCCCUUCCAGCACCUGACCCCACCUCGCCCGGUCCGAACUUCUUUCGCAGGCCUAGGUACAUCCGUUCACUGGCGCGGCCCUGGCCUCUCACUGUUCAGAAUGAACCCCGCGGCGAAAUGCGACAUUCAAGAUUUCCUCCUCGGUGCUUGUGCAGCUCAGGACAAAGAGCACAGUGAAGUAUCGCAGCCUACGGGCACGAAGACGAUUUACAUCGUUGAGGCCGACAGUGCGGGCGAAAGCCAGGAAGCACUGUGUGAACCAACGAACUCAGAGACACUGAAGGGCAUCUGCAACUUCCCAGUUGAGGGCCACCAUGCUGAUCAACCGAGCCAGCUCGUCGAGCAUCCUGUCACAAUGCUUGACGACAUGCCGCAAUGGCUGUCACGUAGCCAAGGUGUGAAGGAGGAGGAAACUUCCCUUGCUGGUUACGAGUUCGACAUAGACUCAGACUCGGACGAGAGGGAAGACCUCGACACACCUUCUCCCCCACCGCCACACAUUCCUACUCUCGAAUCGAUCUCAGAAGUCGAUGAGGACAUCGAAAGCAACGACGGCUUCGUGAACGUCAUCGACGACGAGCCGCCCAUGUACUGCCGCAACCCACACUCCGCAGACCACCCCCACUGCCACGGCCGUAUUGUAGACCACCAGUUUGGCUACAAUGCGAUGGAUGCCGAGCUGGACUUCCAGGAGCGCUUCGUGUUGACGCAUGGUAGUGUCCAUAGCGUCUCGCGAUAUCGCGACUGGCAAUACCUGAAGUGGGAGUGUGGGCAGAGCACAGUGCAUGGGCGGUCGUCGUUGCGCGUUGAGGUUCAGGUCGACGAUGACCAAAAUCUAGAGGAUGAGAACGACCAGAACUACGAGCUCGAGGUCGAAGACGACCAGAGCCCGGGAGACCGAUUGGUCUGCCUGAUUGAGGAAAAGUAUGGACCGCUGACACGCCACGGUCUGUUGAGUACGGUGCCGGCACGAUCAGAAACUCAAUGCUCUGAGGAGUGCAUCUUCAAGAUUGAAAAGUUUCUUCAUGCCGAACCACAAGACGAUCUAUGGCUCACAAAUGGAACAUUCAUCAACGAGAAUGAAGAGCGCGUUUCUGAGCCAAGCAUGGUCUUCGUUGGCUUGGGCGAUGAUGCGGAGCCUACACCUCCAGUCACACCAUCUUCCAACUACACCACACCCUCGAUGACCGAAGAGGCGCUGUUGAAGAUUCUCAACACACCCCACGACGAAUUCAUCGAGCAUUGUGUGCAACGGCACCAAGCACGUAGGCAACAAGCAGUAUCUGUGAGACAGCCACGCAGCGACGCGACGUUCGUUGUAGUCGAUAACACCACGCGAGCUUUUGAGGAAGUAGACAAGGUCGCCACCGAAGGACCUUUGUCCCCUUCCGACACCACAGACAACGCCGCAGAAUCGACGGAGUCACCAGUGGAGGCAGCUGCAUCUCUAGCCUGUCCUUCAGGAUUCAGCCCCCAAGCAACGUUGAGUGAGUGUGAUAGUCACCCAGCAAGUGUCCUGAGUACCCGGUCUUCGCGCGACUCGAUUACCGCUGAAGUCUCAUUCUCCUCUGAGCGCACUUCAGUCACGACGAAGUCGUCCAACGAGAGCCUCAAGUCAGACCGGCAGCGACUGAUCGACACACUCGAUGUUCAGGUCAAAUCUCAUGGAGUGUUUUGCAAAGUUGACUCAGAUGAGAAACGCAUAGCAAGCAUGCCCAUCCUGAGUCUCUCAACAUCAGACAUCUGCGACAAGGCGACGGAUGUCUCAGCGCUAGUUCACGAUUCUUCAUUGAAGUAUACGAUUGCUACCUCGAGCGAAUCCACUUGCACCGAGAUCGCUACACAGAAUCACUUGACACGAGUCGUUGAGGUUCAGACUCUGUUGCCAUCAGCGACAGAGCAAGCAGCGGCUAUGUCUACCUACGCCUCCACCAACGAUUGCAUCAACGUCUCGACACCAUCUGCUGAAAGGGAGCAGCACACCUUCGAUGAUGUUCGGUAUGAUUUGCCAAAGCAGCAGCCGUCAUCACCAGUGUUGGAUGAUGCACAGCGCUCCAACACACGACAGCGCUGGAGCAGCAAGAUGAAGUGUGCUGUGAAGAAGGGAGUCCAUGCGAUGUCGAAUGCGACAAAGCAAGGUGCUCGUCGAGCUGUCCACUCUUCUAAGAAGCUCGGGAAGACUGUUCGGUGCAUUGUGCCAGUUGCCAGGAGCGCCCGCAACCCCUAUGAGACCGUGUUGCUCAAUUGA